AUGACUAUCAACCCUACCUAUCUGGCGCAGCGCACGCGCUCCUCUGUCAACUGGGGCGAUGCGAAAUACCGAGUCUUGAAGUCGUACCGUGAAUGGCUCCGCGCGUCCCCGGAGAUCCAGACCAUGUACUCCUUGGGCAUGCCCGUAUCCGCCAUCCGCACCAAGAUCCGCCAGGAGUUCGAGAAGCACCGCUACGUUAGCCAAUUGUCUGUCGUGGACGUGCUGUUGUACCAGAGCCACGCCGAGUUCCAGGAAACCCUUAACUACUGGAAGCAGCUUUCUCAUGUUAUGAAGUACUUCCGCCCAGAAGAAGACCCUGGCGCGCGGCUACCCGGCAACUUCGUCUCUGGUUUCCUCGAGGGUCGCAAUUAAAACUCUCUUUCUGCUCCUUUCUCUCUUAUUUCCUAUCCUCUUCAUCUCGUUUCUGGUCCGCGAUGUGACAGUUCAAGGAACUGAGCCAUCGAUAGACAUGAUGUGUAUAUAUUGUCUGAAUAAGCCAUUCCAUUAUCUUAUUUC